AUUUAUUGCUUGCUCUGAUGUUGUAUUUUUUUACCCGACUACGGCGAAGCCAAAAGGAAGGGUAAUGAUUUUGUUAAAUUAGUGGUAGGUAGGUAUACCAAAACAAAUCUUCAAAGAUUUAUUCCAUAAAAGUAAAAAAAAAACAGCCUAGGAUCCGAAUUUUCAGUCGUUAGGAAACUUAUUUAAAAACAUAUGGUAACCUAACGAUUUUCAGGGGGCUUAUUACCUACCGAUUUGUUAUCGGAAUUCGGAUGCACCGAAGUCAUUACCUUAAGAAGCUUAUUACCAAUUAGGUCAUUAAUUAUCUCGGGUUGAUUAUGCACGAUGUUGAUUAUACAGAACCAAACAAAGUAAUAAUUUAUUAACUACAUAAUACAUCAAAAUUAAAACUGUUAAUCUUAUCUACGAGUCAAAAAAAUGUUAAUAAAAGCUGUGGAUUAUUAGCCGGGAACAUAUUUUAUAUCACCGCUUCGCUUCGACUGCCCCGGAUCUGUGAAGAUGUCUUCAUUCCUUGGAAUUAGUUACAGCCACGACAAAGAUGAGAACUUCAAGGAGUUUUUGGAUAACCUUGGAAUCCCAGCUGAAAUAGCCGCAGCCUGGCUCCAGUCGAAGCCAUCUCCUAAACUGGAGAAGGACGGAGACACCUACAUAGCGUCCACCACUGAUGAGAAUGGGGAAAAGAAGGAACUGAAGUUCGAAAGUGGGGUAGAGUUUGAAGAGGAAAUUUUACCUGGUAUCACUGCUAAAACAGUGUUCACAGUUGAGCCGGAACAAGCCAUCCAAGUACAAACUUUCCCGGACGGUCGCUCCAUUACAUACAAGAGACAAUACAAAGACAAAGAUCUGGUUGUGGAAUUAACUCUGAGCACUUGGGACGGCAGUGCGACAAGAUAUUACAAAGCGGAAUAAGUUUUACCUACCUACUUAAUAGCCUUAAUUACCUCUAAUAAUAAAAAUAAGAUUUUUUCUAAUAAAA